AUGGAUUCGGACGACUCAUCGGAUGAUGAAUACUGGGGGUCUUACACACGGACUCCGCAGGAGAACUUCAGUAUUCCGUCUUUGCAGCAAGCUCGUAUCCAACAGUGGCCGCCGGAUGAUCGACAAGAGUCUAAGAGCCUUGCCGAAGUUGCCCAGUCGGGCAGACAAGUUUCUGGUGGCAGUUCACUGUCGACGACUUGUUCACAGGAUGCACCGGAGAUGCAGACGGAUGCCAUCGUUUCAGUCGACAAUCAGACGUUCAAGUUGCAUAAUCUGCUCGGGUUUGGGAGUUUUGGCUCCGUUUGGUUGGCAAGCUGCAUCACAUCUGGAAGGAUCAUUGCAUUGAAGGAAGUGCAGAGCUCUUCCGAAGAAGGCAUGGAGGCCGCUGUGCUGGAGGCAAAGCGCCUUCGUAGUCUUCGCGAUUUAAUACAGGACGACAGAGCUUGUGCAGCUCUUCCCUACUUGCUGUGCGCUGGAACAACUCUCACCAGCACAGGCUACCGUACGCUUCUGGCGAUGGAGCACAUACCAGGUACACCUCUUCAACAGGCCCUAGAGGCUGGCCAGCUGUGUGCGCACAAACUGCACCCCACGGUGCAGGCAUUCAAAGUGGCUGAGCGAAUGCUAAGCCAGAUCUCUGCUGCCAUGCACCACGUGAGUAAACGCUUCUUCCAUCGUGACGUCAACCCCCACAACAUCCUCGUCCAGGUCUGUACCGGGCAGCUCAGCUUCGGUUUGAUCGACUUCGGCCUGGCCGUGGACUCCGAAACCUGGAGUGCCGACGGCUGGCGCGCUGUCGGGGCGGCUGGCGAUGGGCGUUACUGGACGCUGUCUUCUUGGCUGCUCUUCUCACGGGGCACAAGUGCUUUAGCCGCAGACCAGGACUUGCAGUCAGAGUAUGCUUCCAUGAUUGAUCUACACUCCGCGGGUUUGAGCGUUCUGCAAACCCUUGUGGUUCUCGCAGAGGAGAGCUCUGCGGUUUCGACGACUUGCAAGGAAGAGGCUUCGGUUUUCUUAGCCAUGGAGCAUCUCGCAGAGGUCUGGAAGCAGUACUGGCGCCAUGCAUCGUCCUGCUGGCAACGAGUGCUGGAUGCCUUCAACAGCGAUGCCCGCAGCGAAAUCAAGAUGAAGCUUGCGGAGGAGAUGGUCCAUGACAGCUUUGGCACUUACUUCCAUCAGCUGCGAGCAGCUCUGGAGAAGGUGCAUGCUUCUCUUCGGGACCUUGGUGAUGGCACGGGUGGCAGCUUUCUGCUUGUCAAUGUGAAUCUAGCUCGCAGCAUCAUCGAGGCCCUGCUCAUCAUGAUCAGCACUGGCAGGCCUUGGAGAGGCCAAGCAGGUUGGCAAGAGGUGAGGCAGCUCUUUCAAAAGGAGCGGAUUGGGAUGCAGUGCGACACCUCCGUUUGA